UAAGGGGGCGGGAGCUGGUGUGUAACGGGGAUGAAAAACAUGCAAUUUACGUUUACAUUAAUUAAGCUGCUGUAUUGAAUGAUAUGCAACAGUUUAUGCGUUUGAUGUGGGAUCAUCGUAUUUUAAGAUUUCACAGAAAACUCUCAAUCUAUAAUUGAUUAAGCUAAUUUUAAUCAACAUCCGCCUCUCCCUAAAAGUGUCGACCCCCUCUCAACGCAGUGCACAUGUACGCUCUCCGUCGUAUAAUACCGCGAGGGAUUCGUAUUAAACCUUUGGUUCGGCAAGCUAAUGGAAUCAUGACCGAAGUCAAAAGAGCUAAGCUGAAUGAUGACGCAAAGGGACAUGACAGGAUAGUUUGGGUGGAUUGUGAGAUGACAGGACUAGACGUUGAUAAUGACCACAUCAUUGAGAUUGCUUGUCUAGUUACAGAUGGAAAACUUAACAUUGUGGCAAAGGGUCCAAAUCUUAUUAUUCAUCAGCCUGAUCACAUAAUGGACAACAUGAAUGACUGGUGCAAAGAACACCAUGGAAAGUCAGGUCUAACCCAGGCAGUAAAAGAUAGCCAAAUAUCUCUGCAGCAGGCAGAGAAAGAGGUUCUGGCUUUUGUUCAGGACCACACCCCUGCUGGAAGCUGUCCACUGGCCGGGAACUCCAUACAUGCUGACAAAAAGUUCCUGGAUAAGUACAUGCCUGAUUUCAUGGGGCACUUGCAUUACAGAAUUAUAGAUGUCAGCACCAUCAAGGAGCUCUGCAGGAGGUGGUACCCAACUGACUUAAAGAAAGCCCCUCCUAAAGCAAGGACUCAUAGAGCCAUGGAUGAUAUAAGAGAGAGCAUAAAGGAAUUACAGUAUUAUCAGACUGCACUCUUCAAACCUCCAGAAAGCUGAAUGAUUUACUGUAACGAAUGUGAAGAGCAAUGAAUGUGUUAGGUGUGACUGAAAGAACACAUUUCUGGCAGCGCGCAAGCACUGUUUGUUAAUACCUCUUUUGAUUGUGUUCAUUUAACUGGAGAACCUAUAGCCAAUGAUUCCUGAAGAAUUGAAGGCGUUAUUAAUAUUUUUGCCAAUUCUUCAUGAUUUAAUAUUGUUAAUGAUAUAUGAAAAUGAUGAUGAUUACUGUCAGGGGACAUGUUCUUUAGGUAUUUGAUCUGAUCAUGCUUGUUCCACUUUCUUUAGCAACAAAUUCUAAUUUAAAAGUUUUUGAUUUUAUUUUCAUUUAUUAUAUAGAUUAUGCAGUUACAUUGUAAUGGUAAAGCUGUCCCACACUUACUCUAGUUUCUUUAAAGUUAUUGCACCAAAAUGGAAGAACUGACUUUUUACUUUUACUGUAAACUGUAGCAUUUUUGUGCCAAUAGAAACCUGCUCAAGUCCUGAGGAAAGCAAUCUCUCUCUCUCUCUCUCUCUCUCUCUCAAAACGUGGGUAUUAUAAGGCACAACCAGACCAAAUUGUUUGCCUAGACUAUACUUAGCAACUUUAGAUUUUAGAAAUAAACGAUGGAAAGUUGCAAAAUCAACAGGCUCCUCUUUCUAACCACUGAUACGUACAUGUAACGUGUACACUGUACCUGGAGGAAGAUUAUAUAUCGGACAUAAUAUAUCUGACAUGAAAUAAAACUAAUUUUAAAACUAAUUUUUAACCGCAUGACCGAUAUACGCCAGGAUAUUAAAAAGUUGUCACUGGUAUUUAUUUUUCAA